AUGGGCGGGCUUUCCAUAUUCACAACAACUCAACAAGAUGGCGGAUCAGGCGAGGCAGCAAGAGUUCUUGAACAACGGCGUUCACGACGGCGUGUCUGGGUUCACGAUAUCCUCCAGAGACGGUCAGAGUAUGGCGAGUUCCACCAUUUGUUACAAGAGCUGCGGCUGGAUGAGGUGCACGAAUCUCUCACCAAGACACCAACUACAGACGUUUCAUCUCUCCUGCAGAGCGCCUUUCCAUCUGCCUACGGUUCCUUGCCACUGGGGAUUCGUAUACUACCAUCGGGAGCAGCUUCAGGGUCGGUGUGUCCACUGUCUCCAAAGUCGUCCCCGAGGUAG